AUGGUCAAGACUGUUCAUCCAACUGUAUUGUGGGCGCAACGCUCUUCUGCUGACGAGGAGUCAAAGAAUGUGAUCUACUUAACCAUUGAAGUGACCGACCCUGUUAACACUAAGUUGGACUUGACAUCUACUAGUUUAAAGUUGACAGCUGACUCGCUGGACAAAGAGACUCAUUAUGAUUUGUCAAUUGAGUUCUUUGAUGAGAUUGAUACAGAGAAGUCACGUAAGAACCUUGAUAGCGGGUCUCAUAUCUUCCUUGUGUUGAAGAAAAAAGAAUCUAAGGACGAAUACUGGCCAAGAUUGACCAAGGACAAGUUAAAGUAUCACUAUAUCAAGACCGAUUUUGACAAGUGGGUCGACGAAGACGAACAAGAUGAAGAGGAAGAAAAAGAUGACGACAUGGCCAACAUGAUGGGUAUGGGUGGCCCUGGUGGACCCGGCGGACCCGGUGGAAUGGGAGGUAUGGGAGGUAUGCCAGGUAUGGGAGGAAUGCCAGGUAUGGGAGGAAUGCCAGGUAUGGAAGGCAUGGAUCUCUCUCAAUUGAUGCAAGGAAUGGGCGGUGGCGCUGGAGGUGAAAACUUCGAUAUCAGUGCUCUCGCAAGUCAAUUGGGUCAAGCUGGCGCAGCUGGUGCAGCUGGUGAAGGUUUAGAUGACGAGGCCGAAGAAGAGGGUGAGCAGGCCGCUGGAUCUGAGAAGGAGGCUUGA